AUCUGCGAAGAUCAGCCCUCAGCAGGGCCACGCAAUGACGCCCGCCCGCCGCACUCCUCGUUGGCGUGUUUGCCUUGCUCUCUUUCCCUGAUACCCUUCUUUUUCUGCUUUUCGCCGUCCUUUGUCGCGUCCUGUGAGAGAUCAACUCUGGUACCCCGCCGCUAGCUCAACGCCGACACGCAUCACACGGAGAACCUCAUGCUGCCCCGUUUUCGCUGCAGACGAUGAGCCCGCCGCACCGCGCCGCCGCCGACGAGCACGAGGACAGCAAUCGCCGUCAUGCGUCGUCUUCGCACGCUGGCGAGUCUGGUCACAACGCGGCGUGGACCCUGAAUGCGGAUGAGGCUGCAGCCGGCGUGGGCUCCAGCAGUGCUGCCCACGUCAGUCUGUUCUCCCCAGGCGUGCCCGCCGUGCUGCCUGAAGACUCGAGCGACCGCAUAGCAGACGCCUCCCCCGUCCGUGUGGGCAGCUCACCCAGUUCCAACUCCUCACGCCCGCUAGCCACCCUCGCCAGCGUCGCCAGCCUGAAGCGCAACGCGAGAAUGAAGGUCUCGGACGAGCAGCCCAUCGUGCAGUUCAGCCCUCAAAUACCGAGCGCCCAGAAGGAUGCCGACGACCCUACGACUCCGCUGGACAGCAAGAGAAGCAGCCGAGGCCGCGAAUACACCACUCUCACAACCCUCAGUCGUUUGUUCGCCGGCGAUGCCACCAUGCCCAACUCUCGCACGCCGUCAUACAACCAUGCGAGCGGGCCGCUCUACGUACGAGCUUCGAACGAGUCCAUAUCCCUGCCCGACCACCUGUACACCCGCGGUCUGCUCGAAGGGCGGCAUUCGGACAUCACCGUCACUGCCUUCAGCCAGAGGUACCACCUGCACCGCUUGAUCCUCGAUCGCGCCCCGUUCUUCACCAGCGCCCUGUCAGAGCCGUGGAUUGAGAGCCAGUCGAAGGAGGUGAAUCUAUACCCGGAGGAUAUCGACAGCAGCAUAACGCAAGCCGCAUUCGAGCUGGCCAUCAAGAAGCUGUAUGGCGUCGACAUAUCGAACGAGUGCGAUGCUGAGGCAAUCGGUCUGUUUGCCACGGGCUGCUGGCUGGAGAUGCAGGACUUGAUCGAUGGAAGUAUCGAGUGUAUCCUACGACAAAUGACGCCCGACUUGUUGGCGCCCUUGAUUCGCCUUGUCACAUCCAACUACUAUGGCCGCUCUGGGGACCGCAUACUGGAGUCUGCCAAGGCGAUGCUCAGUCGCAACGGCUGGGAAAUGCCCUUGAAGUACUGGGACGGCAUGCCGGGCGACGUUAUCCGCGAGCUCGUUGCCUCAGAUGGCUUCUACGUGCUCAGUGAGUGGGACCGAUGGGUGCUCUCUAAGCGCAUCCUGGACCGUCGCCUUAGACAAGCCGCUGUUGACGCUGGCCUGAUGAAGCGCGGACAGAAGCCCGUGCCAAAGGCGCCGGACUCCCUCUCUCUGAUGGCCGUUCGCUUCGAUGGCGUAUAUCGCCAGAAUGCUGCGACCGUACCCCAAGCCCCUUCAGAUUCUCACAGCGAGUGGCUGGCUCUGUACACGAAUCCUGAUAUUGAGCGUAUACUAGUUCUGCUUGAUGAGGGCAUCCAUUACAUUCAUAUGGAGUACGAACAGCUGGAGUUUAUCAGGAAGGCGCGCGAUGUGUUUGGUCUCCCAGUCAUGCCCGAAAAGGUCAUCUCCAAUGCCCUAUGGCAGCAAUUGGCUCUUCGCCAAAAAGUGCUAAAUGCGGCCGACUCUGCUCAAGAGUUAGGGCUGUGCAAGCAACCUCCGGAACCGGCUACCACGAUUGCAGGUGCGAAUAGUGAAGGGCAGACCCUAUCAAAGGGCAAACAGAAAGCCAUCAUCUACACGCCCGAAGAGGAGGAUCUGGACAUGGAGUCGGGUAGCUGGGAUGGUAAUGGGAGGCCUCGCAAGUUCUGGAUUCCCAGCUCAGACUGUAACAUCGUGCUCGGGAACGGCGCAGACCCGGUCGUUACGACUUCCACUUCCUUUCAACGACAUGCGACUCGCCUUUCCGCGACAAUGCAGCCUGAAGAUGCCCAGUGGGCUACCGAUUUUGCCUCAUCUCCAGGGACCUUUGCAAAUCCGAAUGCUCGCAUAGAUCCAGUCCGACCUAUUUCCGCGGGAGGAAGCAACGCAGGGCAGCCGAAACCUAUCGCCUACACCGAAUUCCCCCCGUUUCGCUUCUCGGCCGAGUUCCCCAAUCCACGGUUCCUGAAAGAGAAGAAGAGAGUAUAUUCACGCACAGUGUCCUAUGCCGGUUCACUCUGGAACAUCUACAUCCAGAAAGUACGCUCAGCAAAAAAUGUCCAGCUCGGUGUCUAUCUGCAUCGCGCCAAGGAGCGCGAGGCCGAAGACACCAUGCAUGGCAACAGUCUCAGUCAGCAGAAUGCUGGUUCGGUGGACGAGCGGAUUGGUCAGCUAGAACGGGAGAUGCUCCUCCGCAGCGAACGACGAGAACGUCGGCGCAGCAUCCGUGCUCCUGUGAAUGAUCAAAACAAUGAAGACGAUACUAGCGGUAGUGGUGGUGACCCGGAUGCCACACUCGUCUCGACUGGCUCCCGGAAUCCUCUCUUCUCGAGUAGUUCGUUAAGCGCUCGCCGGAGUGGUACUAUCCCCCGGCUUCCCUCUAUUCGUGGUAGCGCCCAGUUUCAGUUCCAGUCCCUCGCCGCCUCUCCACCUACAGACGGUGAAGGGGCUGCCGACUCACCGUUCUUCCCAUCGACUGUCGAUGUUACCUCGGAGCGCUCCGAUGAGUCCGAUGACGACGACGAGCCCGAAAGCGCAUAUCCGAACCCGUCCCUUACGGCAAAGCGCAAGACCCGGGCUUCAAUGUCGACCCUUCCGCCCUAUGUUGAUGCGCGUCCGACCAUCAAGACGUACUUCAAGAUCUACAGCCCUUCGAAGGGCGGCAGAAUGCUAAGCAUAUACGAGAGCGCUCCCGAUCGGUUCAACUUCAGCCAGAGCUGGGGCUGGAAGAGCAGCACACUGAUGUUGGAUGAGGUCGCUCUUACUGGAGGGAGCGACGAGACUACAAGCGUUGAGGAGCAACUUCUGGGCAAGAAAGGAGACGGCAAGCUUCGAUUUAUGGUUGUUAUCGGAAACUUGUGAGAGAGGUAUGGAUGCAGUCGUUAUCUCGCGUGCUGGUGCCAGUACUGGCGUUUAUGUUGGUUAACCAGGCGCCAUUUGAGGGGAGUCAUACUAUGGGAGCUCUUACAGAUAUCCAGAUUGCGCUCGGGUCGGUUCGUUAUACCUACGUUUGGCGUAUCGGUGAGCGCAUAUCAAGAGAGAUUCGAGCACCUACGACAUCUUUAUGAUAAAUGAUAUCACGGCCUUUCCUGGGCUCAGUAUAUAUGUACAUCUGUACGAAAUGGUCACAAUUACACCUUCACCUUUGAGCCACGAUCGGGAA